CGCGGCGAUCCAGAGUUCAAGGUUUCUGAACAACGCCAAGCAUCACGCACGCAGACACAAACAGCCCAAUGGCUUCGCCGCAUGAAGACGAUGUCUUCGAAAGGCUCAAGAACAAGACGGACCUGAACGAGCAGAAGCGCCAGCAGGAUGAGCUCAAUGCGCGGCUCUACGCCCAACAGCAGAGGUCGAAGGAGAGGCUAGGAGAGCUGAUUGAAGACAACUCGUCCCUGCCGGUGACGAUAUCGUCGGUCCGCAUCCUCCACGCCAACCGCACACGAAGGACCUUCCUCGAGCGAGUAGUCGACCCUUUGCUGAGCGCAAACCGGGACCAGCCAUACACCCUCGAAGAUGCGAUAAAGGAAGUUGGCGAAGCCACCGAUAAGCUCAACCGUUUUGGUAUCUUCAAGUCACCAAUAUCAGUCUACCUCGACCGUCCUAACCAGACCAUCGCCUCUUCCUCCCCCACUGAUGUCGACGUGUACAUCUCGGCCCAGGAGCGCGGCAACUACACCAUCAAGACUGGAACCGAAGCUGGAGCCUCUGAAGCCGAUGCCUACGUCCACGCCGAACUUCGAAACUUGCUUGGUGGAGCCGAGACGCUGAAUGCACACGGAUCGCUGGGCACGCGAACACGGUCGGCCUACUCCCUCGCCUUCGACAGUCCCAUCCUCAGCAACCCCGAUCUCAAGUUCCAGGUCAACGGAUUCGCGAGUUCGACAUUGAAGAGCUGGGCAAGCCAUGAGGAAGUCCUCAAGGGCGGAAAUUCGAAGCUGUUGUGGAGGAUGAAGAACGGCGCGACACACGAGUUUGGCUACUCCGGCAUCUGGCGACAGGUGACUAGUCUGGCUGAGAACGCAUCACCCUCUGUUCGCGCAGACGCUGGUGACUCGUUCAAGUCGAGCAUCUCGCAUACCUGGGUCAACGACAAGCGCGACUACCCUCUCCUACCUAGCAGCGGCUACUUCUUCAAGACUGUAUCCGAACUCGCAGGUUGGGGUCCAUUGAAGGGCGACACCGCAUACUGGAAGUCAGAGGCAGAGUCGCAAGUUGCUCUCCCCUUUGGCAACACAGGCAUCACGCUUACUGCUGGUCUUCGGGGUGGACUUCUCUACCCCAUGACUCUGGGCGGAGAGAGCCAGCCACAGGCCUCGCGCAUCAACGAUCGCUUCCAGCUCGGCGGCCCCAACAACGUCCGCGGUUUCCGCAUUGCUGGUCUUGGUCCGCGUGACGGCGCAGAUGCACUAGGUGGCGACAUCUACGCUGCUGGUGGCGCAUCGCUCCUCCUCCCCAUCCCCCGCGUCGGCAAAGAGACACCUCUCCGUCUCCAAGCCUUCAUCAACGGUGGCCGGCUCCUCGCACUCAAGAAUCCCAAUUCUAAGAAAGAGGACGGAUCAUUCGGCAGCUCAAGCGACGUAACUGGCGCGAUUCAAAAGUCCUUCUCCAGUCUGACAGCCGAACUUCCCAGUGCGGCAGCUGGUCUAGGCCUCGUAUACGCACAUCCCGUUGCGAGGUUCGAGAUCAACUUCUCUCUCCCACUUGUUAUGAGGGCCAAGGAGGAAGGCAGGAAAGGACUGAGCUUCGGCGUCGGCAUCGAGUUCUUGUAGACACAAAUCCAGUUGUGUAAAUGUGUAUUUGUAGGCCGUAUAGACUUUCUUCUCGAGCAAGCAGAUCACUUCUUUCUCAUUCAUACUCAUGUUCACAUGUCUCGUAUUCAACUCAAAUAUCUACUCAUACGACCAAAAGGUCUAGCUGCCCACCAACUGCG